UUUCGAGCCAUGGCUACUGCUUGAAAAGCUUGGAGUUUUUAUUAAAAAGGAGCUGUUUUGGGUUUAAGGUGGUGGAAGGAUGGGGGAGGUGACGGAGGGGGAUAACGGCAAAGUUGUCGGAGGAAGAGGAGGAGGAGGAGGAGGAGAAGGGGUGGAGGUGAGGGUCCUGGUGGUGGAUGACUCCGCGGUGGACCGAAGGAUAGUGGAGGGCUUGCUCAAAAGGAGUGGGACAAUGUUUGAAGUAAUUGCUGUUGAUAGUGGAAAGAAGGCAAUGGAAGUUCUUGGAUUAAAUGAAGGGAAGACCGAGUCUCCAAUUGUGAAUGACAAGAAGAUCGACAUAAUCCUCACUGACUACUGUAUGCCCGAAAUGACCGGUUAUGACCUUCUAAAGGCUGUUAAGGAGCAGAGCUGCCCGAAAUCUAUUCCUGUGGUCAUAAUGUCAUCAGAAAAUGAGCCACAGAGAAUCAACAGAUGCCGAGCCAUUGGAGCUGAUGAUUUCAUCCUGAAGCCUCUUCAAACAAAAGAUGUGCAGAAGUUGAGAAGCUAUGCAAGACCAAUGGCACUGUCACCCAAAGCAGGCACCAAGAGAAAGAUGCCACUAGACCUAAUGGCUUCCAGUUGGGCGGUCUGUUGGUUAGACUCUGCUCGGUACUUCUACUGUGUGAUCUUUCUUUGUUGGUGUGCAUUAAUAUUGUAUGUAUGACUAAGCCUUCUGCUGAAGGUCUUGUGAACGUUUUCUUAAUAGAAAAUUAUAAAAGCUCUUAUAGUUCUAAAGCU